GCUUUCCCUUUGGUCCUCUUAAUUUCAAUCUUAGCCAUUGGAUUUGCCACUAUGCAGUUAUGGAAAGAAAGCGACACUACAUCUGACGGUGCGACCAAUCAACACGAAAACACUUCAUUCGAAGGGACGUCUGCGAUGUCUGAGGGGGCUGACUUCCCAUCUACGCGGGAGGCGAUAGAAACCAUUCUCCCACAAGCUUCCGAACAAGAAAUCGCAAUGUACGAGAAGCAGAUCGACAAUGCGGAAAUUUUCGACCCCAUUCUUGUCAUUUCUGCCAAUCACGCAUGGAUUAAUCAGCAUGGUCUGCCGGCUUAUUACGCAGUUAUGGAUGCGUUUGCGACAAAUGGUCUUAAUAAUAAGCGUAGAGAUGAGGGAUCACGCUUUGUCUUCCACUUCGCAGGCAGUGGUGAACUAUACACUGUGCGCGACAGCAUUCAUAACCUCUUCCCCAAUGCUUUCUUCUACCCACCCUCCGUCCAAGCUAUGAUUCCUACUACCCCUCGAACACAGCCCAUUGGAAUAGCUUGGAUAAUAAUCAAAAUGGGCACACGAAAGAAUGACUUUGCGAAAGAUGGUAAUUUCUUUUAUGCUGAUUGA